AUGGUUGGCAUGAAUCCUGAGGAUCAACGAAGACAUCUACUCUUCUGGGGAGAGUCAAUGGAUCCUAGGAUUGAACCAGCCAUAUACGCCGUGACUGUAAUGACCUUCGGAGCGACGAGCUCGCCGGGCAGUGCGCAUUUCGUUAAGAAUACGAACGCCGAGAGGUUUGCCGAACAGUUUCCGCGGGCAGUCGAGUGCAUCAAGCACGUGAACUACGUAGAUGAUAUGCUUGCCAGCGUUCAAAUCAAGGAAGAGGCCAUACGGUUGGUUGAAGAAGUGCGUUUUAUCCAUCAACAGGGAGGUUUUGAGACAAGGAACUGGCUGUCGAGCUCGAGGCAAGUGCUGGAAAGCCUAAAAGAAAAGAGUCGCGAAGACAGUCGGAUGCUCACCGAUCUCAGCACAGAGAAAGUUCUAGGCAUGUGGUGGGACACAACCGUCGACGAUUUUACGUACCGCUUGAACACUGAACUUGAUGAGGCACUGCUGUCUGCCGAGAGGUGGCCAACCAAACGCGAGAUAUUGCGCACCUUACGAUAA